UUUCCUUUCUCAUUCCUUCCCGUUCUUUCUUCCUCUUCUUCUAUCUCAGAAGCCACAAUGUACAGGAUCACCGUGCUGCUGGUGUUACUUUCUGCUACGUGUCACGUUGCCUUGUCAGCCACCACCGAUAGUUUACUGCCUAAUGGCAACUUCGAGUAUGGACCAAAGGCAUCGCAAAUGAAAGGCACUGUCGUGAAGGACCCAAAUGCCAUUCCCAACUGGAAGAUUUCCGGGUUUGUUGAGUACAUAAAAUCAGGCCAAAAACAAGGCGACAUGUUGCUGGUUGUCCCCGAAGGAACCUUUGCUGUCAGGCUCGGCAAUGAGGCUUCAAUCAAACAGAAGGUUAAGGUCACCAAGGACAUGUUUUACUCCUUAACUUUCAGUGCAGCUCGCACUUGUGCACAAGAAGAGAAACUGAACGUCUCCGUUUCCCCAAAUUCGGAACCCAAUGACUGGGGAAUUCUGCCAAUGCAGACCGUGUAUAGCAGCAAUGGUUGGGAUUCUUAUUCAUGGGGUUUCUUGGCUGAAGCUUCCGAAAUUGAGAUUUCUAUUCAUAACCCUGGUGUUGAAGAGGACCCUGCUUGCGGCCCACUCAUUGAUUCUGUCGCUUUGAAGGUUUUGACUACUCCCAAGCGUACCAGAGAAAACAUGUUGAAGAAUGGAAAUUUCGAAGAGGGUCCAUAUGUCAUUCCCAAAGCAUCUUGGGGAGUUCUUAUUCCAUCCCACAUUGAAGACGAUCACAGCCCUCUUCCAGGAUGGAUAAUUGAGUCUCUUAAAGCCGUGAAAUACAUUGAUUCUGAUCAUUUCUCAGUUCCUGAAGGCAAACGGGCCGUCGAACUCGUGGCCGGAAAGGAGAGUGCUAUUGCACAAGUUGUUAGGACAACCGUAGGCAAGUACUACGCCCUCUCAUUCUCCGUUGGUGACGCCGGCAACUCGUGUGCCGGGACAAUGGGAGUUGAGGCAUAUGCAGGCUUGGAUAACAUUAAGGUCCCUUAUGAAUCUACCGGCAAAGGAGGGUCCAAGAAAGCCGUGGUCAAGUUUAAGGCUGUUUCAACAAGAACAAGAAUUAUGUUCCUGAGCACAUAUUACAACAUGAAGAGUGACAAUUCAGGAUCGUUGUGUGGGCCGGUGAUUGAUGAUGUUAAAUUGCUUGGCGUUCGCACUAGAAGACGUGUGUGAUUUGAUGAGUUUCAUGGCAAUGUCGCUUGUUGAAAGUAAAAGUUUACUUGCUUGGCUUGGUACUUAGAGCUUGUUCAUGCGAUGUUUUUACUUUGUAGGAUUAUUAAUGUAACAGAAGCAUAAGAGUUGAUGAGUUUACAAUGUUUUUAUGUAUGUAUCUAUCCUUUUUAAAGUCAUGUUUGCGGAAUUAUGGGGAAGGAAUCAGGAUUUUAAUGGGAGAAAAGUCGUCAAC